AUGCACCAUAGCACGAACCCGACACGGCACUCGCGAGGGGGCGAAGACGAGGCUGGCGCACUCGCAACGCAGGCUUCGCCGACUUUCGUGUGCAACCUCGGCGACCUCGCUGCGAGGCUGAGCGGCGGCCGCUACGCGAGCACGCCGCACCGCGUCCUCAACGACUCGGCGGAGCGGCGAGUGGCGCUCGUCUUCUUCAACAACCUAGACGAGUCCGCGCCGUGCGACGUGGCCGUGCAGGAGCCGGGCGGCGGAGGCGGCGCAGCAGCGGCGGUGCGCGAGGCGGGUUCGAAGCGCCGCCUCACUUGUGGGCAGUACGUAGCCGAGAGGCUCGCGGAGAUGCGCGGCGGCUUUGCCGAGCGUGCGAAUGGUGAAAGCGAGGAGUUUGCAGGCGAGGGUGCUGGCGCACCGCGGUAA